ACAGAACGUCAUGCCGCUAUGGCGGAAAUAAACCGCUCGGCUGGCGGCGGCGUUGUAGGCUGCUGAGUCUGACUGACCGGUAUGGCGGGGUCCGGGCCCGAGUGAGCCUCAGCCUCGUACAGACAGAGCAGAGGCUCUCUCGCAACCGCACGUAGACUUCUCUAGCGCCUUUAUUGGCACCUUGUUUGUUUGCAACAUCCCAAGAUGGCAGCCCAAGUAAGCGAGAGGGAGCUGGACGAGAUACAUGCGUUUGCCGUGCAGCUGGGCAAGGAUGCUGGCAAGAUGCUCAUGGACGCCGCAAAGCUGCGGAUGGCAACCGGCGGGGCCGCACACGAGUCCGUGGAGAAGGAGAACGCGGUCGAUAUCGUGACCAAGACGGACACAGACGUCGAGGCCUUCAUACAUGGCUCGAUAUCAAAGGCCUACCCGAGCCACAAGUUCAUCGGGGAGGAGACGUACUCCGCCGGUUCGUCAAAGGAGUACCUGAUCAAGGACGACGAGCCCACCUGGUGUGUCGACCCGCUGGACGGCACAGUCAACUACACGCACCUGUUCCCCAUGUUCUGCGUCUCCAUCGCCUUCAUCCUGGGCGGCAGACCGGUGAUCGGCGUCAUAUACGCGCCCUUCCUCAACCAGCUCUUCAGCUCGUGCCGCGGCAGGGGCGCCUUCCUCAACGAGGCGCAGAGGCUGCCCCUGGUGCCGUCGGUGCCCAUCCCGGCCAACGCCCCCAAGGGCUGCGUCUUCAGCUGCGAGUGGGGCAAGGACCGGCGGGACCCGGACUCGGGCGAGGGCAACCUCGGCCGCAAGCUCGAGAGCUUCACCAACAUGGCCGUCGAGGUCGGCGGGAGGGGCGGCAAGGGCGGCAUGGUGCACGGCGUGAGGAGCCUGGGGAGCGCGACGCUCGACCUGGCCUACACGGCCAUGGGCGCCUUUGACAUUUGGUGGGAGGCCGGCUGCUGGGAGUGGGACGUCGCCGCCGGGAUAGCCAUCCUCGACGAGGCGGGCGGCCUCGUCACCACCGCCAACCCGCCCGAGGACCCGGCCACCGCAGCUGUCCCGGACGCGAGGCUGGGGAGCAGGCUGUACCUCGCCAUAAGGCCGGCCGGCCCGACACCCACCGAGAGUGCGCGCCAGGGCCAGGAACGGUUGGUCCGAGAGGUCUGGAAACGAGUUACGAGCCUCGAUUACUCCCGGCCCGGUGCGUGAUUUCAGUUUGCCUUGCAUCGAGGUCGGCGGCGCCCGGGGAACAAGCAUAGAGUUGCAAGUUUUGGGACCCGUGUCGUCAAUACGACCGGGCCCAUCUGUUUAUACAGGUAUAUGAGCAGAGUCGCCUGUCUGAGCCCCUCGCACCGUGUAUGUCUCGUGGUCCUGUUAAUAUACAGAUAGAGUUGUGUGUGUGGAAAAGGAGUUUUGGUGGGUAUCAUGCCGACUUUUGAACUUUUUUUUUGCAGGUCCUAAUCUAGACCAGGGAACGCCUCGCCCCGUAGCUGGCCCUUUUUGCCCUUCCUCUUCUUCUUAGGCCUGGGACGGUCGCUGUCGCUGCUGUCAUCACUAUCCUCGGAGUCAUCGUCGCUGUCGGCUGCGCGCUUGCUGCCGCCAUUGGCGCCGUCCUCCUCGUCCGAGCCCUCCGCCUCCUCCUUCUCUGCACCGUUGGGUUCUGCCCACACCUUGACAGUCCGACCACCGCCACUGAUCAUCCGCCCCUCACAGUCGAAGUUGACAGCCACGACCCCCUCGACAUCGUCAUGCCUGAGGACGGCCUGGGUCUCCCGUGCCUUGAGAUCCACGAUCGCCAGGCUGCCGUCGCCCACGCCCACGGCGACCUUCUUGCCCCAGCCAAGCUCGUCCGGCAGGCGCGUGAUGCAGUCCAGGCUCUCGCCGUCCUUCCUGUUGCGCCCGCCGGCGACGUAGAUGCGCUCCUGCUGGUCGUCCCACGACCCCCGGUCCCAGAUUGUGAGCACGCCGGAGCCGGUCCCCACCGCCACCACCGCGUUGCUCCGCAGCUUCUUGGGGCCCAGGCCGGAGGGGAUAAGCUCGGCGCAGAGCAGCUCGUCCUCCUGGUCCUCACUCCUCGUGAUGAUGCCGCUCCUGAUGUCAGUGACCGCCACCGUCGUCCCUCCGGUCGAGACCCACUGCCGGGGGACACCAGAAGUCGACUCGGCGCUGGGCGGUAAUGGCGUGAUGCUGGUGACGUAGUCGUCGUGGGGAAAGUGCUUGCGGACGGGCUGCGCACCGAUCGAGCCGAGGGGGUCUUUGGACCCGGGGUCCUUCUCUGCGCGCAGCUUGUCGCGCAGGUCGUAGAUGUAUAGCGCGCCGCUGUCGGUGCCGACGAGGAGGUUCUGGGGGCUCAGGACGCGCAUGAUGGCAGGGUCGUCGGCGGAGGAGCCCCGGGGUGGGAUGUUGAUUUUGGAGAUGACCUUGCCAGUCUCGGGCGAGAAGUGCUUGACUACCGAGUCUGUCCCGGCCGAGUAGAGAGCUGUCGUGGUCGGCCGUGUCAGUCAUGGUGUCCCAGACACAGAAAAAGAAGCGUCGGGCUGUCGAGAUCGGGACGUGGACGUACAUUGGCCAUCGUAGCUGUAAGCCAGGCUGCGGCAGCUCCCCUUGUGACGGCGGGUGCUCCACACGCUCCUGAUCAGGCCCUUGCCGCUCGUGAUGCUGCUGUUCUCGUCGACGUGCUCGUCCGAGUCGUUGUCGGAGGAGGGGAUCCGGAAGGUCUCGACAUGGCCGCUCGAGAGGCCCACGGUCAGGACGGGCUCGGUUGGGUGGACGGCCUGGGUGAACAGGUCCGAGGUCAACGGGAGCGUGCAGAGGUUUUCGAACAUGUUGCGUGUGUUUGGAAUUGCGAAAAGGUCAAUUGAGCUCAGCAGCAACGUUCCAUCCCCCGCGCUUCUUCAAAAGGCCAUGCAGCAAGGCGGUGGGUGGGUGGUGUGGGUUUGGCUGCUCAGAAAAGUGUUGGCCAAAAACGGCCGAGUCAAGAGUCUGAAGAUUUUCUAGCUUCUAGAAGGCAGC